CACUCCCGCGCACCGGAGUCGAGCGCUCAUUUGACGCUCACACCCCGCCCACCCCUCCCCCCGUCCCAGCCAAAGCACGCCUGCUCAGCAGUGGCGGCGGCGAUAGGCCCAUCCUAAAUUGCUUGAAUGUUUUCGCCGACAUCAAACUCGCCCAUGCUUGCCAACUCGGGCUUGAAUAACCCAGGCGAUCUCGAUGGAACAAUCAACCCCGCCUCGUUGAACCCGACCGGCACCUAUAUGCCCGCCAAUCAACACCACAUGCCCUUCUCGCCGCCAGCUACGGCUACAUCCGAGUACCAUACGGACUCUAAGCCGCGAACCUCUCUGGAGAACGUCAGUCCUCGCGGACUGAAGCGAAGUAGAUCUCCCGACAACCAUAAUCAUGGUCCGGGUGGCGAUCUCAGUGUCAGUGCAGUCCCGACCGAGGACCCUCCACGAAGGAAACGGGGCCGUCCCCCGAAGAACAAGAAUGCUAUACCUGUCAGUCCACAGAUGCAGGCCGCAUCCACCCAGCAGCAGCAGCAACAGCAUCAGCAACAGCAUCAACAGCAACAACAGCAGCCGCAGCAACAGCAACAGCCCCACCUCCCGCCGCAACAGCACCAGCAACGACAACAUCCACCGCCACCGCAAUCGACGAUUGGAACUCCUCAGGUCCAGCACGCAGCCGUCGCUCUUCCCACCCCACCCAAACCGACACCCCCAAAGACGACUACGGUCAAAGCAUUACCCACCGUGCGGGACCAUACCACUGACCAGUUGACCCCGGAGGGAGAUGAAUACAUCCCGCGCGAAACGGACGAUGCGGGCGAUAAAAAGGUGAUGAUGACGGGCCACCUUCUGGGUGGGAGAGAAUAUCGGUGCAGGACUUUCCACGUUCCGAACCGAGGGGACAAGCUCUUCAUGCUGGCGACCGAAUGCGCUAGGGUCCUUGGUUAUAGGGAUUCCUACCUGCUGUUCAACAAGAAUAGAUCGUUGUUCAAGAUUAUUGCGACCCAGGCCGAAAAGGAUGAUCUGAUCCAACAGGAGUUGCUGCCCUACUCGUAUCGCUCGCGACAGAUCGCGAUUGUCACUGCGCGGAGCAUGUUCAGGCAGUUUGGCAGUCGGGUGAUCGUGAACGGGCGACGUGUCCGGGACGAUUAUUGGGAGAUGAAGGCCAAGAAGCAAGGGUUUACAGAGGACGAUCCAGCAGGAGAGAAGAGACCCGGCGCAGCAAAGCAGAGAGCGGCCGCUGCCAGCGAGCAAGCUGCGCAGCAAGCGGCACAGGCGAGCCAGCAACCGCAACCGACGCCCCAAGGCGGCAACACGGAACCCGCCGCCGCCACGUUGUACACGCAUGAAUCGGUGCAGCUCGAGCAGCAACCUCAGCCACAGAUGGUCCAGCCAGGCCUCGGAGGACCCGCGCCGGUCAACCUGGCUCCGCUGCCUAUGAUUCACGUCAUGCCGCAGGAAGAGAGGACAUCGAAGGAGUUGUACAAUGUGCCUCGCCCAAGACACGAGAUCUCGGGACCGCCGUAUCAAGAUCGGUCCUCGAACAUACCCAUGACGCAGAUUAUGGAUCAGGCCCAUCAAACCGCCGAGUUCAACAAAAAUCUGACGCAGGGACGAGCCAUGCGGACGAAGAUGUACGACAACAUGUACAAGAAGUCGCCUCCACCCCAGCAGCGCAUCACUAGCCCGCCAUUGGCUGCCAACCACACACCCCAGCACACUACCCCGCAGCCUCAACACCACGCACAGAUGCACCCGCAGCAACCGCCAUCGAUGAUGAGCCCGCAGCAGCUAUCCUCGCUAAAUCAUCAACAUCAACAGGCUCAGCAGGCCCAGCAACAAGCUCAGCAACAGGCCCAGCAACAGGCGCAGGCUCAGCAGCAGCACCAGCAGGCUCAGCAGCACCAACAGCCCCAGCAGCAAUCGCAACCGCAGCAGCAGCAAUUGCAUCCGAUGAACACGCUGAUCCAGCACUCCCCUGUCCGGCCAACGCAGGGCAUCAAACCAGAACAGCUGCAUAACCCCGCUGCAGGUGGCUACCUGCCGCAAGGUGCAUACUUCCAUCCGACCCAGCCACAAUCGGGUCACCCGCAGCACCACCCCCACAGCAACAGACACAAUGGUGGAGCGGUGCUUAGGUCUGACGGUGGCUAAAGUGGUGUGGUUGACUGUCGACGAGGAUUGUAUCAGGUGACGCUUGGCUGGAUGAUGUUGUGGUCGUCGUCUCUCGCGG